AUGUGCACCGCCAGUGCCUGUGACCUGGAGGAGAUCCCCCUAGACGAUGAUGACACAAACAGCAUAGAAUUCAAAAUCCUGGCCUUCUACACCAAACACCAUGUCUUCAAGAACACCCCUGCCAUCUUCUCGCCAAAGCUGCCGAGAAUAAGAAGUUUGUCCAUCAAAGAGCAGGGGGGUUGGUCAGCAAACGAAUCAUGGACACAGGUGUCAUGGCCUUGCAGAAAUUCUCCAUCCAGGGAGAAGCCCCUAGACCUGGCCAAGAAAAAGUCUUCCUGGAGGACAUUCUUUGGAGUAAUCGAGAAGGAGGAAGAUGCACAGAACUCAGCCAUAUUCGUUUUGCAGGGUGCCACCGCGGAACGUCAGGAUGGUCCUCAAAGUCAGCAGUGGUCGAGGUCCCUCACUAACGUGGGACAGCGCACAGAGCAGGAAGCUGUGGACCCCAAAGUUGCUUCUAUUGCCCAUCGCGUUGCCGAAAUUGUUUAUUCCUGGCCCCCGCCCGAAGAGCUCCAGGACCCGGUAGGAAGCUGCAAGUCCAAAGGGAGUUUUGUUCAUCAGUUCAUCCGCCGCCAGGGCCUCUGUUUCCAGCCUCAAGCCACCAGCACUAAGAAAGAUGGAGAAGAUCAGAUAAUAGCGAAAAUCGUUGAGCUGCUGAAAUAUUCAGGGGAUCGGUUGGAAAAAGAGUUGAAGAACAACAAGGUUUUAAUGAACAGCUUCCAGGACCAGCUGUCCUACCCUGUUUUCAAGACCAUCACAGACCACUUCUUAAGGGGUGUGGACACCAGGGGAGAAUCAGAGGUCAGAGCUCGGGGCUUUAAGGCUGCCCUUGCAAUAGACGUCACGGCCAAGCUCACUGCCAUCGACAACCACCCCAUGAACAGGGUGCUGGGUUUUGGAACCAAGUACCUGAAAGACAACUUCUCACCCUGGGUCCAGCAGCAGGGUGGAUGGGAAAAAGUACUUGGAAUAUCACAUGAAGAGGUAGACUGAAGCAUCAGAAGAGUUGUCAUCUGGAAUACUCAUGAUUCAGCUGAUCCUGUCUACAUUGGUUUCAGCAUAGAAUGUGGGAGAAAGUAUGAAUGUGCAAGGCAAAGGGAGCGCUGAGGUUUCCCAAAUCAUUGUUCCUGUGAAUCCAGAGGCAUCAGGAGAGUCCUCGUCUGUCUCCAGCUCACAGAAUGUAGUAGCGUGGCCCAUGACAUCCAUGUUUUUCAGGUCCUCCAUUGAAUGCAGGAGGAAGUCUAGGAAGACAAGUGGUAAUUUUCCGUUCAAACAUUCAGAACAGAAACUAUCAUCUUGCUUCUGUUGGCCACUUUAGGGAAAUUUUGUUCCAGAUAUUUGCUGACUCCAUGAGGGUGAAAUGAUAAAUCGUGCAUGUGCUUACUCUUUGGUUUCUAGUACUAUUUAUUUUUAAACUACACUUGGGAUGGCGUAAUAAUGGCAUUCUUUCAAGCCUACCUUUAGGAAGAUGUUGCUAUUCAUGUCGGUAGACAAAGUUCAAAGAGACUCAAGUUCACUGCAAUAUCCACUCAUUUGGGGAGAUACAGCCAUAUCUGCCAUUUGACUCAUUUCCCUAGAAAAAUUCUUUGGCAGUUGGAAACACUUGCAUUUGGCAGAAAAUAAUUACUCCUACCACGCUUAACUGUCUCAGUGACCCCACCUCUAUUUCUUAAGGUCUCUGAAAUUUUCUUUGUGUUUUUUUUUGUUUUGUUUUGUUUUGUUUCGUGGUAGUGUAACAAAUAGUCACUGAUAUGGAAAGACCACUGUCAAAAGAGUAUCUAGUGGUUAAAAGAAGUAAAAAGUAAUAGUACUAAGAUGUCUGUAAGGAUCAAUGAGUUAAUUUAUAAAAAGCGCUUACAACAGUGGUUGGUAUUUAGUGCUGAGUUUUCACUUAUGACCAGUAUUAUGUACUGCCCUCAGCGAAGAUGAAAAUUUCCUCUCAACGCAGUCACUGAUUGUUUUUCUG